AGAAAAUGGCAUUCCUUAUGGAUUCCGUGCUUACUAAUAUUUUCAACGACAAUACUGAAAUGUCUUCCAUUGGUGGUGGUCGAAAAUUCAAUCUUAACACAGAAUGUAGUAGUAGUAGUAAUAAUAAUAAUACUAAUCAUAAUCAUGAUAGUCAAAAUCAUCGUGAAUGUAUGGAACCUAUGUUACCGUCAACAGAGUCAUUGCUUCAAACCAAUCCAUUAUUAAUAGGUCAAUCUUCAGUUUACACUUAUUCAUCUAAUAGUAAUCAUCAGCAACAACCACAACCACCAUCACUUACACCGACGUCUAAUAUUCCUAAUCCAAUUAUUAUUGGUAGUUGUGAAAAGCAUUCUCCUCAACUUGAUUCAAAUUCGCCUAGAAUUUCUCAAGGUAAUAAUAAUUCUUCCACUUCAUCAACACAAUUAAAUCUUAUCCGAUGUCCAUUGGCACCAUGUUCAUCAGCAUCGGACUCUGCGGUUGCUGUUGCGGCUGCUGCUACGGCUCAACCACAAUCGAUCAAUCGGAUCGAUGUGAAUUUUCAACAAUGUCGACAAGUAUCCGAUGAUAUACUGCAUAGUAGUAGUAGUACUGGUAGUAGUAAUAGUAGUAGUAGUAGUAAUAGUAAUAGUAGUGAUCCUGCGGCAUUUUAUCAUUACAAUUCAAUCAUUCCGAAAAAUGUCAAUUCCACAUUGGUCAUUGUUGAUGAUCAAUCGUCAUCUUUACUACUCACUGAUCAUCCCAAACAACCCCAACACCCACAACCACAUGACACAAUAUCAUCAACUGCAUCUGCACAUACAACUAACACUUUUUGUAAUGUCCUCAUGAAUGAAAUGAAUUUAUUAUCGUCUGGUGAAAUGUCAUCAUUGCGUAAUGCUGCUAGUCGUGGUGUACAACAACAAUACAAACAGUUUAUUGAUGAUUUGCUUUGAAAAUAAAAAAAAAGAAUUCAACCUGCUACAAUCGUCUAAUCGAUUUUCAGAGUUCCACUGUCUCUAUCUCUCUCUCCUUCUCGUGUUUCUUGUGUGUCUCUCUCUUAAAUGUCUUCAAAUAAAAUUCAACACAUAGUCAGUCAGUCAUCUAAUCUUCUAGCUCUCACUCUCUCUCUCUCUGUGUAUUCUGUGUAUUCUCGUUCGCGCCGUAUUCUGUGAUACAUUAUUCACACAGUGUGUUUUUUUUAUCAUUUCAAUGAAAAAUUCAAUUGAAAUGAUUAUUAUUAUUAUUAUUAUUAUUAU